AUGUCGGCCAGCUCGCCACAGGAGCUUCGUCUUUUCUAUGAAAGCAGUGCAACCCUGUUACCCAGCAUCCCGAAAGAGACUUCUGCUAACUUGAGACACCUUUUGCUAGGGCUGCUGCAGAGGAACCACAAAGAGCGCAUGAGCUUUGAUGAGUUCUUCAACCAUCCAUUCUUGGAGACAAGCUUGUCUACAAAGAAAUGCUCACCUUCUUCAGUGCCCUCCUACCCCAGCUCAGGCUCAGGGAGCUCCUCCAGCAGUUCAUCCACAUCUCAGCUGGCCUCGCCUCAACAUUCCGAUGGAGAGAUGAACCGGCUUCAGCCUGAAGAGCUGUACUCACUCGCACAGGCCACUAACGGCACCCUGGGAAAAGAAAAAAUCAGUCCAGAUAAUCGAAACUCACCAACAUACGUUGAAGAUUAUGUCAUGGUGUCUGCCCAGUUUUCCAGUGAGUACCCAUGUGAGGCGGAAGACGAAUCCCCCACUGAACAUUACCUGAUAAACAGUGGGAACGCCCAGCUGACCAGGAGAGGUUCUGGACCUGCAGGAAGGACACCACCCCCUUCACUACCGAUCUCUCCCUCUAAGCUUGUUGGUCAUCCUACUGUAAUAAACGGCCGUAAGUGCAGCCCAUCCAUGCCCAUUCCAGUCCCAACUCAGAUCCAAAACUACCAGCGUAUGAAGCAGAACCUGCAGCCUGCCGUUUCACGUGACUCCAUAAGGGUCAUAUGCUGUGCUGGCAGCAGCAGUGCAACCCCGGUGCAGCGUGGAGGGUGUUCAGCUCCAGGUCCAGGUGUUGAGUCUGACUUCCCAAUGCUGGAAAAAGAAGGAGGCCAACCGCAACACUCCUCCCCACAAGCUGGACUGACUCCAAAGAGAUCAGAACAGACUCUCCCCCGUAGUACAAGAACUGGACUGCUCCCCGGCUCUCCUGAUGCUCUGGUCUCCUCCAGCCACAAGCAGCACGUUCCAACUAGAAAGCCAAACCGAACCACAUCAGUCCAAAACCUGCAGUCCCUUGAACAAUGCUCUGCCUCCCAGACCAUCAGCGCCAAGUCUGCCAAUAAGAAAGGCCCCUUUAAAAGGUCACUGAGUGCUGGCAAGCUGUCUGACAUGCUGCUGAAAGCUGCCUUUGGAGCCAACGUGUUAGAGGAAGAAAGUGACGAGAGCUUCAGCUGUGACAGAAGCAUGGACACUACAGCCCCACCUACUGGGCACCAAAAGGUGUUUCAGUUCUCAGACAGCCCGCCUUCAGCAGUCUUUGCCAUGGGUUCUCCACUCAAUGGAAACACUCCUCCUGAUGACAUAGUGCCCAAGAUGUUGUCAGGCUCCCCCAGCUACAUUACCUCAGCCUGGCUGCUGAACAGUCACCCUGUCCAGCGAGGAAGCCGGAGAAACAGUGAGACGGAAGUCAUGGAUGCUAUUUCACACUACAGCUUUGUAUUUCACCCUCCAGCUCUGCCUGAAGAUACACUGAUGGAGCAGGCACAUAUGGACGCGCUGAGCGACUUGCGUUUCACUCUGGCGUUUGUCAGCUGUGUUUUAGAGUUGGCUUCCACAAAGGAACCUGGGAUGGGCACCAUCAGCAGUCCUGACGUUUCCUUUUUGGAGCAGAGCUCUGUGACGGAUCAGAUCAGCCUCCUGACUAGAGAGUGGAGUUAUGCAGAGCAAUUGGUGUUAUACAUGAAAGCUGAGGAGUUUCUGUCAUCAGCUCUGCACACCGCCCAAGAAAAUAUAAAACAAGGCCAGCUCCUGCCUUCUGCUACUGUCAAACAAGUCCAGUUGGAGAUCCUCCGACAUCCUGGCUCCUGGUCCUCGCUGCUCCUGCCUCUACCUGUGUUGUCCUCCAACCACCUAUAA